UAUUUGUGAAUUGUGAUUGAGAGGAGUAGAUAGAUAGAAGCACAGUGCGGCAGCUACUAAAACCUACCAAUAAAAACUCUCUCUCUUCUUCACUCUCAAUUAGAAGAUAUAGAUAGGAAGAGUGUGAAGCCUUAGCUCACAACCAUGGCUCACUAUUGGUCUUCUUCACCACUUUCCUUUAUUUUCUCUAUUCUCUUCUCUUACACCCUACAAUGAACCAAAAUUUCAACCUCUUCUUCUCAGAAGAAGAUGGUACCACCGUAUGCCCUUGAUGCUCUUUAUUGCUCAGAGGAGCACUGGGAGGACGACGACGACGACGACGAAGAACAAGAAACGGCUUUUCGUUUUGAUAACCAAUCUUACUCUAAUUUAACAACAGAAACAAGUUCUCCGAUUCUGGCUGUGGUGGCACACCAUGACCUGUUAUGGGAAAAAGAUGAACUAAUUUCUCUGUUUUCAAGAGAGAAGCCUAAUGAACUUUUUAAAACCAUUCAGAUUGACCCUUCUCUUGCUGCUGCCCGACGAACCGCUGUUGAGUGGAUGCUGAAGGUUAAUGCCCAUUACUCCUUCUCUGCCCUCACUGCGGUUCUCGCCGUUGAUUACUUAGAUCGGUUUCUGUCCUGUUUUCAUUUCCAAAGAGAUAAGCCAUGGAUGUCUCAACUUGCAGCUGUUGCUUGUAUCUCUCUUGCUGCCAAAGUGGAGGAGACUCAAGUCCCUCUUUUAUUGGACCUACAAGUGGAAGAUAGUAGAUAUCUGUUUGAAGCCAAGACCAUUAAGAAAAUGGAGCUUCUUGUGCUCUCUACGCUGCAGUGGCGGAUGAAUCCUGUUACCCCGUUUUCUUUUGUGGAUUAUAUCACAAGAAGGCUUGGAUUCAAGGACCAUAUGUGCUGGGAAAUUCUUUGGCAGUGUGAACGAACUAUUCUCUCUGUUAUUUUAGAGUCAGAUUUCAUGUCCUUUCUUCCCUCUGCAAUGGCCACCGCUACAAUGCUGCACGUUUUCAAAGCUAUGGAAGAACCCCAUUGCAGCGUUGAUUACCAUUCCCAGCUUCUGAACAUCCUCGGAAUCGACAAGGGAAAUGUGGAAGAAUGCUGUAAACUGAUCUCAAAUGCAUCUAGAAGGAACGGAAACCAGUUCAACAAACGUAAAUUCGGGUUGUCAAUUCCAGGGAGCCCGAACGGCGUGAUGGACGUAGCAUUCAGCUCCGAUAGCUCGAACGACUCGUGGUCAGUGGCUUCGUCGGUUUCAUCUUCGCCAGAGCCAUUAACGAAGAAGAACAGAGUAAAUGGAUCAGUGACUGGAGAUUGUGAAACAUUCCGAACGCUCUCUUAAUUAACUUCCCUUUUCUUUUUUCCUUUUUUCGUCGUAAUCCUUGUAUGUUGAAUAAGAAUUAGAAUCAAUCUUUUUUUUUUUUUAGUGAAAUUAUGCAUGUUAAAUUGCCUUACCAUCUCUGCAGUUGAGGGAAGUUUAAAACGCAGAGAUGACUGGCAUUUUAUCCGGAUGCAAAGGUCAUGAGAACGAAAACUAUUAACAAUGAAGAGCAGUUUAAGUUGUUUAAUCAUCA